AUGAGCGGCGGGGCCGGGCGGCGGCGGCGGCUGGUGCUACACGUGGACCUGAACAACACGGUGGUGGCGGCGGACGCGGUGUCGGGGCAGGGCCCGCGGGCGGCGCUCAACACCUUCCUCAGCACCGUCACCUGGGGCCGCGCCGGGGCCGCCGGCGAGUGGCAGUGGGCGAGCGACCGCCCCUCCCUGGGCCCCCCCUGCCCCGGAGCUCUCAGCUACUACAGCCGCCACGGCCGGGACCCGGCCUUCACCGAGGCGGGCCCGGGCCGGUGCUUCGGCGGCCUCCACGCCCGCCACCUGCAGCUGCUGGAGUGGCCGGGCCGGCCGCACGACGUCUUCUCAGUACAGGGGGAACCCAGCAAGAGCUACCACCUGAUCCUGCCCGCCUUCUUCCGCCUCCUGGACACCCUGCACCGGGAAGGGAGGACGUUCGCCGUCAUCUUCAGGACCUUCGGCACAGACCUGCCCCGAGCCCUCCGGGCCGUCAGCUGUGCCCUGGCUGGGCAGCACCCCCAGUUCCCCACCCUGCGGGACGUGUCGCUCCCUGUGGACCUCCACCCUGGCCAGAUACGCUGCAGCAAGCGAGAGGUGGUGCUGACAAGGGGAGCAGAGCGGCUGGCCACCCGGGAAGAUGGAAGAAAGCUUUAUGACUACUUCAGCUCCUUUGAGGGAAUUGGAGGCUUCCAAGACCACUUUGACUGGUGGGCCAGAAAUCAGUUCUCUUCCCGGGGUGGGAAGCCCCUGUGGAUUGACCCCCAUGAUCCCAGCAUUCACCACAUCUUCAUUGAUGACAACAUCCGGCUGGACGAUGAGGACACCAUUGUUCAUCCCCAGGUGUUUUCGGAGCUGGGCAGCAGCAGCCCCAGGCAUGCUCCCACCUCGGAGCUGUACGACGUUUGCUUGGUGCAGAAUGACCUGCUGGAGGCCAUUGCCAACGAGGACUAUUUCCUGCGCUGUGUGAGGAGGUGCGAGGAGAACUACGACCGCUACCUGGCCUGCACGGAGAAGGACACCCCGAGCCAGCGGGCUCAGCCAAGCGGGGACAAAAGUGAUGGUAGAGGGUUUGCACCCGUGUGCACCUUCCUGACGCUGUUGAGAGACCCUGGCAAGGUCUUGCUCAGAGUGGGGCCGAGCUCACACUCUGUCCCCGGCAGCCCCGCGGUGGUGACGGGCAAGGGGCUCCUCUUCGCUGCAGGAUGGUGGCUCCUCAGCUUCGUGCUCGACCUCCCAACCCAGCGCUGGACCACGCUCCCACCGCUGCCCACGCCGCGGGCCGGUGCUGCUGCCCUCACCUUGGGCAAGCAGAUCCUGGUGGUGGGCGGCGUGGACGUGGCACAGAGUCCCCUCGCCUCCGUCGAGGUCUACCAUGUGGAUGAGGGCAAGUGGGAGAAGAAGGCGGCGCUGGCUCAGCCCUCUAUGGGUAUCUCAGCCGUGCAGAGAGAUGGGGCCAUCUACGCGCUGGGGGGAAUGGGUGCGGACACCUCUCCCCAGGCACUGGUCCGUGUCUACGAGCCAGCGAAGGACCACUGGCAGCCCCUGCCCUCUAUGCCCACCCCCUGCUACGGGGCCUCCGCCUUCCUGCAGGGCAACAAGAUCUUCGUCCUGGGGGGCCGGCAGGGCAAGCUGCCCGUCACCGCCUUUGAGGCCUUUGACCUGGAGACGAGGAGCUGGACGCGCUACCCCUGCGUGCCCAGCCGCCGCGCCUUUGCUGCCUGUGCCAUGGUCGAUGGUGUUGUCUUCAGCCUGGGGGGGCUGCAGCAGCCGGGGCCUCACAACUUCUAUUCCCGUCCCCACUUCGUCAACACCGUGGAGAUGUUCGAUCCUGCACAGGGUGCGUGGAGCAAGCCGAGCCGUGCCAUCCGCAUGAGGGAGAAGAGAGCUGACUUUGUGGCCGGCUGCCUGGGAGGAAGAGUGGUGGCUGUGGGUGGUCUCGGGAACCAGUCCUGUCCGCUGGACUCGGUGGAAGGGUUCAGCCUUUCGCAGAAGAAGUGGGAGCCACUGCCCCCCAUGCCCACCGGCCGCUGCUCCUGCUCCAGCUGCCCAGCACCCAGCUUGCUCUUCGUCAUCGGCGGGGUGGCCCAGGGCCCCAGCGGUGCCGUCGAGGCUCUGUGCCUGCGCGAGGUGCCCUGAGUGGGGCCCCGGGGCCCAGCCCCGGCCAUGCACCAAGUGCCU